UCAACUAAACCAGUACGCGUCCGGUUGUGCGAAGCAUAACGACUGCACCCACCCUGCACUCCAAUCUAUUGCCCUACGUCUUCAGUGGACUGCAAAUUAAGCGUCGCAACCUGCAAGCUUUAGCCACGUGGGGCUGGUAUCAAGAACCACCGAUAACCCAUUACCUCGAAUCGUGUGCACUAUAACGAAGUAAGCUAUUAGGUUUUGGACCUCUUUGGAUGCCUACGAGACGUGGACAGGGCCCAAGUCAAAGUCGAGGCAGCCGUACGAUGAAAAAUGUCCCAAAACGGUUCCACGCUUAUCAAGACGAAGCCGCGUUGUGAGCGCAACCGCGUGCUGGUGACUGGAGGUGCAGGCUUUGUUGGCAGCCACCUUUGCGAGUUCCUGGUUGAGCGUGGUGACCAUGUAAUUUGCUUGGACAACUUCUUCACCGGAAGCAAGGAGAACAUUGCUCACCUGCUGGGGAAGCCCAACUUUGAGGUUAUCAGGCACGAUGUCGUGGAGCCGAUCCUGCUCGAGGUGGACCAAGUUUACCACUGCGCCUGCCCAGCGUCACCGAUUCACUACAAGUACAACCCUAUCAAGACGGUUAAGACCAGCUUCCUGGGCACGAUGAAUAUGCUGGGCCUCGCCAAGCGCUGCAAGGCUCGCUUCCUCAUCACCAGCACCAGCGAGGUCUAUGGUGACCCUCUGGAGCACCCGCAGCGGGAGACGUACUGGGGCAACGUGAACCCCAUCGGCGAGCGCUCUUGCUAUGAUGAGGGCAAGCGUGUCGCUGAGACGCUGGCCAUGGACUACCACCGCGAGCACGGCGUUGCGGUUCGCAUUGUCCGCAUUUUCAACACCUACGGCCCGCGCAUGGCCCUGGACGACGGCCGCGUGGUCAGCAACUUCGUGAGCCAGGCGUUGACCAACAAGCCCAUCACCGUGUACGGCGACGGCCAGCAGACCCGCUCCUUCCAGUAUGUGAGCGAUCUGGUGCGCGGCCUGGUGGCGGUCAUGGAGGGCCCGCACAUCGGCCCCUUCAAUGUGGGCAACCCGGGCGAGUUCACCAUGCUGGAGCUGGCCAACCUGGUGAAGGAGGUGGUCAACCCCAACGCGGUCAUUGAGUACCGCGAGAACACGGCGGACGACCCCUCCCGCCGCAAGCCCGACAUCACCAAGAUCAAGGAGGCGCUGGGCUGGGAGCCAGUGGUGCCACUCCGGGAGGGCCUCUUGCGCAUGGUGGACGACUUCAAGCGCCGUCUUGGGGUGGAGUAAAGCCAGAUGGCUGUGCGGAUGAGCACAUGAACUUGACAUGUUUGCAUAAAGUUUUCGUUUUUUGUAAUUCGGGCUAGGGGCGAGGAAGUUCCUCCGUAUUCCUGGAUGCCCCCUGAAGCGGUGUUGGUGUGUUAGGUAACCAGGCGGUGUGCCUCGUGUCUUAUCGUACGGGUGGUGCCGGUCACCUGUUCAGGUGAACAGAUAUCGGUAGUGUUAGGUUAAUGUAUUUGCCUACAUUAGAGGCUGCUCCAGACCUCGUGACAAGGGUAUGGCUAUUGCGAUACCUUAACUUGCAGGUUACUUGUCAUAUGCGGUUAGUUACAAUUGGACAUAAUAACCGUACAUGAAGCACGAUACGUGCUAACCCAUCGUCACAUCGCACCGAAGCGGUGCCGGCGGAAUCAUAGGAUAGGUCUCACAAUAGCAACGAUACGGAAGCCUGUAACCUAAUCCUGCAGCAAUUGUUUUAUGUACCACACGUUCGUACAUGGAAGGUAAACUCGUACAAAACCACUGCCUAUUGCAGAGAACAACAUGUCAAUGAAUCAUUCACACCCAGCGCACCCCGAAGCUACCACGUGCACAGCACAAAAGCGUAAAGAAAAUGUCCAUGAAUACAAGUUCUGGUAUGUGUUGUAGCGCCCCAAGGUCAUACAGGGCUUCAUCUCAAGGAGAAACGGACGCCUGUCGUCAGAAAUGUCUCAUGACUAGCAAUGCGGAAACGUGCUCCGUGCAAACAGAGCAAUCAGGUUAGGUCUAUUAGGCUAUGUACAAGACGCAUUAUGAAGGUACAUGCUACAGCACCGCACAAAAGUAGAAAGCCGCUCGCCAAUGCAAAACGCUGCAGCCUCAAUACGA